ACCUACCUUCCUCCCUCUCUAAAUAGCAAUUCCUUUUUGGUUACUUGGUGAUAUCUGCUUCUGUGUCUCCUCAAAUUCUCAUUCUAUCGCCAGAUUGUGAAUUCAUCUUCGUGUUGUUACGAUCAAUACUUCAAGUUUUCAAUCUUUUCGAACACACAAAGCUUAGAAGUUUUCCAAAUUCCCUCUCUCUCUACAACUUGCAGAGAAAAUGCUGGAGAAUUCAGAUAUGUUUGAAGCAAGUGGUUGCUUCGAUCCCAAUUCUGUAGCUCACCAUCAACAAGUGCUUAUUGAUCAUCAAGGUGACAGUUUCCCACAACCCCAUGUCUCCAACUUCCACCAAAUUUCCAAUUUCUCCGCCAUUGAAGCACCUGCAGAUCAGCUUCAUCACCAACAUCUCAUGAACAUGGACAUGGAUCACCAGAACCACCAACAAAUCAACUGGGCUCAUAAUCCUCAUGAUCAGAUUCUUAUCGGGAACGAUAACAAUUGUUUGCCUACACCAACACCACCAGAUCUCCUCAAUCUCUUCCAGUUACCCAGAUGCUCUUCAUCAAUAUGCUUUUCCAACCCGACCCAUAUCGAUCAAACCUCGGGUCAAGUCAUGUUCGAUCCGCUAUUACCUCACAAUCUCCCUCCACAGCCUCCAUUCUUCAGAGAGUUGCUGAAUUCUCUCCCAAACGGGUUCAAUUUGACUGGUUGUGGCUCCAUUUUUGGCGAGAUGGAUAUGGACAGAGGAGAACAGAAUCAACUGUAUCAUGACGGAGAUGCCGUUUUGGAGUUUGGUGGGGGAAUAAUUAAUGGAAAAGGGAGAGAAAACAAAGAUACAAAACAUUUUGCGACUGAGAAACAUAGAAGGCAACAAUUGAAUGGCAAGUUUGAGGCCUUGAAGGGAUUAGUCCCAAAUCCCACAAAGGCUGAUCGAGCAUCGGUGGUCGGAGAUGCCAUUGAAUACAUCAACGAACUCAAGAGAACUGUCGAAGAACUGAAGAUUUUGGUGGAGAGGAAGAGAUGCAACAGAGGUAGGAUGAAAAAGCACAAAACAGAAGACGAUUCGACUUUAGAUGUAGAGAGUAUUUACACAAAGAGCAAUGGUGGUGGCAGCGCCGGUGCCGGCGCCGGCGCCGGAGAUCAUGCUCAUGAUCAACAAACCUACAACGGCAAUUCAACUUCUACAAUGAGGAGCUCAUGGCUACAGAGAAAAUCCAAAAACACAGAGAUCGAUGUUCGAAUCAUUGAUGAUGAAGUUACAAUCAAAUUGGUGCAACAAAAGAGGAUCAACUGUUUGUUUCUUGUUUCAAAAGUUCUUCAUGAGCUUCAACUGGAUCUUCAUCAUGUCGCUGGUGGACUCAUCGGUGAUUUCUACAGCUAUCUGUUCAAUACCAAGAUUUGUGAAGGGUCCUCUGUUUAUGCAACUACUAACACAAGAUUUAUGGUAGACCACAUGGGCUUAUGCUUAUUUGCUUUGAUACUAACUAUUGGGGGAAGACAUGAAGAGGGGGUAGAGAGGAGAGAUAUUGGGAUUUUAAAUUGACACUUAACUACAUGAGUAACUUACCACAAAUCAAUUAACUAGAAUAAAAGCAGGGGUAAUUCUGGUAUUUGGAAUUAGACUUUUGGAAAUUGCAUGCCUAAAGGCAACCAUUGGGGUUUGAUUUGUUAAUUUUAUAUUACAUGAAAAUGUUUGGUUUCUCU